CCAAGUUGAAUACUUGCAGAGCCGCAAGGAGGGAGAGCUCUGAGCUUUUUACCGAUGGCUUCAAUAGCAUCACCAAGCCCCCACUAUUUCUACAAGAACCAUCAGAAGGCCAGAAAGAGUUCCUGUACUCCCCGUUUCAUCGUUUCUCAGCAGCAACCCGACAAGCCCACCGACCAAGUUGGCCGGAGGGAAAUCGUACUGAGGAGCAGCGAAUUAGCUGCAAUCGGAGCCAUCCUCAACUUCAGCGGAAAAAAACCAGACUACCUUGGGGUUCAGAAAAACCCACCUGCACUAGCUCUUUGUCCGGCUACUAAGACCUGCAUAUCGACGUCGGAAAACGUCAGUGAUCUAACCCACUAUGCUCCUCCCUGGAACUACAACCGCGGUAGGAAAAAGCCUGUGAGCAGAGAAGAGGCAAUGGAGGAACUCCUCCAAGUGAUAAAUUCAACAAAACCGGACAAGUUUACACCAAAGAUAGUGGAGAAGAAAGAUGACUACGUGCGUGCUGAAUACGAAAGCCGCAUACUGGGGUUUGUGGAUGAUGUUGAAUUCUGGUUUCCACCGGGUAAAAAGUCGGUUGUAGAGUAUCGAUCUGCAUCGCGGGUCGGAAACUAUGAUUUUGAUAUCAAUCGAAAGAGAAUCAAGGCAUUGCGACUGGAGCUGGAAAAGAAAGGAUGGGGUUCUGAAGACAGCUUUUGAGGGACUGUGCUUAUACAGUAUGAAUACAUGAACAUCAUUUAUUGUGUACCUUUCCAAUUUACCAAAAGUACAUCCUGUGAGAUCAUGUACUGAUCUGCACGAAAGAACCAGAUAAAUGGAAUUUCGGAUUCUUUGUUGCA